AUGCUAAUGUGGCAUUCUUGGCCAGUUUCAGGACUGAAUAGAGGCUCGGUCGCCCGCCGAGAGAUUGUACACCCUCACAGCCCGAACAAGAGAGCUGUGCUGAAGGGAGCGCAAGGUAUUGUGGCUCAAAGCCGACCGAACAAUGUCGUUUGCACAAGGACUAUGCCCAACACCAACACGUACACAUCGUACACCACCCUGAAGCAAGCCACAAAGACAAUGGCAUACUGGUCCAGAACCACCGUCAAGGUGCAAACACUGACGAUGGAGACCACCAUUAUCCCUGACAACGCAUCUGAGACGAUCACCGAGACAUCGAUCAGCUCCGUCCAGACCACCACGACCUUCAUACAGACCUCAACAGCAGUAGCCUCGACUACCACCACGAAUAUCAUUCCAGGCCCCACCGUUUUCAACGCCUGCAACGACCGCAACAUCUUUGGCUCCACGCUCCGCAGCGGGGGCGAUCGGUUCUACGCCGUGAACAUCGCAAACAACGGACCCGGAGUUGCAUCGGAUUUUACCAAGAUCGCCGAUGGGGCUUCUACAGCUACAGAGUGCUGCAAUGCUUGCCAGCGUCUGCCUACAUGCGAGACCUUCAUCUUCCGCAAGCAGUUCAGGAGCUGCUUCUUGCUUUCGCACGAGGGCGCUACCUGCAGCUCUCAAGACCAGCACCCCAACUUCAUCCUCUCGGCUCCCAUGACUGACGACAUGGAUGGAAGCGAUGGGUAUCAAGUUGGCAACGAUAAAUGUGGUUACACAUGGAGUGGCCAGGCGAAUGGAAAGCUGCGCCGGGUGGACCUUUGA